AUGUCCCCUCUGCGAGAACAUGAAGCAACUUCAGACCUUGAAAAGGGUGCCAUGGGACAUCGGAUUCAAUCCAGCUGUUGCGAUGAUGUACCAACGUGCACAGAUGAGCUGUACGAUGAGAACGCAGAACUGUCAGAAUUGGCUAUGCCACCUCCUGUGGAGUCAGAGCCUACUCACCGCAAAAGUAUUAGUCUGGAGAACGAGGAGCAUCAAGCACGGAUUACAAGGACACAGCUACAGGAGUCGCAGAAUAGAACAAAUUCUGAACGCACAUCGAUCCCUGCGUAUGCUACAGUACCCUCACAGCGCCGUUGCAGCAGGAGUCCCCAAUCUCAGAGUUCCCACAGCAGGAGUAGCAUCAGCGACGUCCAGCAUGUCACAGAAGGUGCUGAUGGAAGUCAGGAGAAAGAGAUGCCCCUGCAGCAAAGGAUGUUUUUCCUGCCAUCCACCACCGAAAUUUUUAUCGUCGCCCACCUGAUUUUCUUUUCUAUCCUGGGUACCUUAGCUCGACUUGGUUUGGAAGCAAUAACUCAGUACCCCAGAGCCCCUGUUCUUACGGCCGUGCUAUGGGCAAACGUUGCUGGCUCCUUUAUCUUUGGCUUUUUGGUUGAAGACCGUCGUCUUUUCAGGGAAGAAUGGGGCAAGUAUACAGAGGAAUGGUCAUUCAAACACUUGCAAGACAAUCCACAUGACACCCACCUUGCAGCUGAGGCUAUCAAAAGACAUCGCAAGGCCAAGGCAACCAUACCGCUUUACAUUGGACUUGCGACCGGAUUUUGUGGAUCAUUCACAUCCUUUUCGACCUUCAUGCGCGACGCCUUCUUGGCAUUGAGUGACGAGCUAGUUGAACCAAAACUCCCGCAGGGACACUCCAGACACCGCGGCUACGAUUUCGAGGCUGUGGCCGCCGUCCUCAUAAUCCAUGUUGCAGGAUCUAUUGGGGCGCUGAAAGUGGGCGCGCAUGCCGCUCUUGCCACAGAGAAAAUCAUGCCGAUCCUCCCGUUUCGGUGGAUUCGAACUGUUCUCGAUCCCCUGAUGGUUUUCCUCGGGCCGUGUUGCUGGUUAGCUGCUGUGUUUCUUGCGACAUGGCCCCCUCGAGACGAUUGGAGAGGUCGAGUAUUGUUUUCCCUAAUCUUCGCACCAGUCGGCUGUCUUUUUCGCUUCUACGUUUCAAGACACUUGAACGGCCGGUUUUGGGUAUUCCCUGCUGGGACAUUUACCGCGAAUAUCUUUGGCACCGCUAUCUUGGGUAUGAGCUAUGACCUGCAACAUUCCGGGACGAGAGGGUUAUUGUCUUGCCAAAUUCUGGAGGGGAUCAUUGAAGGGUACUGCGGCUGUGCCACCACCGUCAGCACUUGGGUUGGAGAACUGCAGACGUUGGAGAGAAUACAUGCGUACCUUUAUGGGACUUUGACUCUGGUCGCAGGACUAGGCCUUUUGGUACUCAUCAUUGGUAGUCUACUGUGGACAGAAGGGCUUCAGACCGUUAUCUGUCAAACAUAG